GGUGCGUGUUCUCUUUAGAUCAUAACAUGAAACUUGCAGUGUUUUUGUCUUUAUGUUUAACGCUUUGUGUGUGGCUCGCUGGCGUCGAGGGCCAGGAAGUGAGGAUGGAUCUGGAUUAUGAAAAUGUGACUCCGAAGUGGAGGGUUUUGGAGCAGGACCUUGCUUCUCGCAACAAGGUCAAGUACAAGCGAGUCUUGGACACGUUUCGCGAAAAGCUUCGGGAAUUCGUGAAGCAACAUAUAGCAGAAAAUAAGAUCGCGAAGCAAAAUAGCGAAGGCAGACAUGUGGGUCCGCAGUGGCUGUCUUUCCUGGCCGAUUUGGGGAGCAAUGCAGCGCAGAAAUUGGACGCGAACCAGACAGAGAACUUGCAAGAGAGCGGACAGUCCGGACCCGGCCACGAGCCACCACAGUCGGCAUCAGAGUCCUCAGCCCCGCGGCAAGAGUCCUCCGACGCCCCAAAGGCCCGAAGCGAAACGAGCAAGGAGCCUGGAGGAGGGAGGACCGAGGGAAGGCAGCGGCGCCUGGCCAGGGACGCGCCGGGGGUGAUGUACCUUCCCGUCCAGAGCGGAAGCUCCUCCUGCCCUUCUUACGCCGACACCGUGGCCUCCUCCCUCACGCAGAUGGCCUUCGCCUCCAUGGUGGUGACCGUCUUCAACGCGGUCGCCAACAUCGCCAACAACAUCAACAACAACAACAGGAACGACAACAUCAACAGCAACAGCAACGUGGACAGCAACAACGCCAACGUGGCCAGCAACAACAACAACGGGAACCAGGUGAACGUGGUCCUGCCGCCGCCCAUUCCCGGAAGGAAGAGGCAGGUGGACCUCAAGCGCAAGCGAAGGCACAUCCUCCAGCUGAAGAGAAUCUCGGGGAAGCUCCGGGAAAUGCAGGGCAGCAGAUACGCCCUUGUUGACAAGCAGCAGAAGGGCCCGGCCGGUGGGCAGGGGGACGGCGCCGGGGGAGAGUGCAUGUCCAGGAAAGCCCACGCUCGCGCUGCCUUGGUCACCCUGUCGGUCGUCAAGAGCCUCCUGCUCCCCCCGGGCAUCACGAGCAGGGGCAGCGGGCUCGAAGGCGAUCGCCAGGAAGCCCAAGACAUACCACACUGGGGCGAAGACACCACGCGCUCUCACCGCCUUCCUCCCUUCGCCGAGACGGGGAUCAGGCGCCAUCGCUUCUUGCAGAUGAAGGACCAAUAUAACGUGACCAUUUGUUCUCUGCAACACCUUUGCAACUUCAUAGGCUCCUCUGCCCUCCAAGAGGACCUUGUCAGUCACGUGACCUUAAUGAGCAGGUUACGUGAUGACAUUAUGCCUGAGGGCGUGUUCGCGGGCUCUGGCACGCCCAUCCCGGUGACUUGCUCCGCCCUCAAGCCUCUGUGCCCCGCCCACCCUUGA